AUGAUGCGCGCAAGAUCUGAUGCGUCUCCAAUCUUAGCCACAGGAUGGGACAAAACGUUGAAGAUGAACAAAGGGUUUGACAACACCCUUCUCCACCGAUUAUGUAGGAAUAGAGCCACCGACUAUGAAAUGCUUUUGUUCCAGAUCGCUGUUCAGAAUGAUCCACAUUUUGCAGAGACGGUGCGCCGCCUGCAGCUAGAUUGGAUUGUGGAUGAUAAACCAGCGACCUGUUUGGAACGGCUGAGAUGCGCAAACAGACGACUCAAUUCGGGGCAGAAACUGCCUCCUUGGGGUGAUCCGUUGAUAGCUGGUGAUCGGAGACCACCCCGACUUCAUCCAUGUCAAUGCAAGCUGUCUAGAGAAAGAGUUCCUUGGAAUUCAUCCAUAUACUGGGAAGGUGCUUCUGCAGAGCUGCGGAACGCGCUGGCCAAAAGAGUCGUACGUCCAAAUUCACGUGAAGCACAGAUUAUAUCUCAGAGGCCGCAAGCUAUUGAUCCUCCGCCAAGCUCAACCGUACGAAAUCGGUCUGGAGAGCUACGCGCCCUGGUCCGAGCUGCGGCAGGCUCAACUGACCGCCGGGAAAAGUGUACAAGAUUGAUGAAAGAAAGUGUAGCUGAUCAGGAUAUGUACCCUACUGAUCUCAUCCAUUUGGUAGCUACAGGAGAAGCCACGACAGAUCAAAAGCGCUUAUUUAAGUAUAACGUACUCCGCAACCCGGCAUUCCGAACCGAAAUCUACUACCAGCAAAAGACGUACAGAUUGAAUGAAGCUUUUACGGACGAGCGACGACUGCUUACCGCAUACGAACACUCUCUUAUUGACGCUACAGGUCUUGCUCGCGCUCAACGAUCUCAAGCUGGAGGAGCCUCAUCUCGAAGUGCACAUGGCCGCAGUACAGCACCUAUAGGAGGUGUAGUACCCCAAAGAACUGUUCCAGCACCUCGAGUCAACACAGCACCUACAGGAACUACAGAGCCUACAGGAAGUGCAGCUUCCCAAAGAACUUCAACAGCACCUCGAGACAUCACAACACCUGGAGAAAGUGCAGCAUUUCAGAGAAGUGUCCUAGCACCUGGAGAUAGCACACCGCAUAAAGACUAUGAAGUACCCAAAGCCAAUACAGUACCCAGAACCGGUACAGUACCCAGAGCCAGUGCAGUACCCGGAGCUUCUACAAUACCGAGAGCCAGUACGGUAGCAAGGACAGCUGUUGGACAACGUCAAGCCGAACGAGGUUCCCCAAGUCAGCCCCUCCCUUUUCCAGCAAUACCACGCCCAGUUGCAAGAAGGCUUUUCAGUCCCCAGAAAACGGAUUUUGAUGGCUUUCCAACGCGUGAGCACGUUUCCUCAUUUAGGGGAGGUCUGGGAUCACAAACACACGGGCCAGCCGAUAUCAUCGAUUUGGUGGUCGAGAACUCAGCCACCAUGGAUCAAUUAGACUUAUUCGAGAAAAGAGUCAUAGAGGACGACGAGUUUAAAGCAGGCAUAGUUGACAAGUUACGACUACUGCGCCAACAUUCGGCUAUGGACGAAGUCGACCGGCUACUUAAAGUGAUGAAACGCAUCGCAAUCCACAAUUUAUUCCAAGUCUGA